AUGAGCGACCUUCUAGGAUAUCUGGUCCAAAACGAAGAGAGUUUCCGGAAAGCCCGCUUGCCUGCCCUGUAUUCCGACUUCCGCGGCCUUCGAACAAUCAACCCAGAUGGGUACCAAGCGAAUGUUUCUGCAUGGCGGCGUGCCCUCGGCAGCCUAGUGCGAUCUGGCCUCGCACCGAGUCGCGCUUCUACUCCCAAUCUCCUUGUCCUUAAUGCCGACGAAUCUCUGCUUCGAGCUCUCGAGAGCAAACAGUACGGCCGUCCGCUAGCUCUCGGUGCUGUGGUGCGAGAGGCGGCCCUCGAGAAAGAUCUGAUACCCUUGCAAGACUUUCUGAAGGCCAGAGAAAGCAUAUACUACAAGUCUUGGACGUCAUUACCGUGGAACGUCGUCUCAUGGGGCCUGCGGCAACUUGGGCUGACGGGGGGCGUUGGCGGGGAUGACAGGUUACCAAACGGGCAGUUUGUCGUGCUGGCGAAUAUAGAGGAGGCGACGAAGGCGUUCGGCGAACAGACUGCAGACGCGAGUUCUCGGUUCGAGCGGACUUUUUCCAAGGCACAUUUCCAGAAGACUUUUGCGAAUACGAUAUGGACAGGCCAGAGGCUAUCGGAAACCGACUUGGACGUACUCCUGAAGUUCAUGUCACGAGACAAAGGGCUGCUAUUAUAUGAUGGCAAGACGAUCAAGAUCAAGACCCCUGGUGUAGAAGAGACGGGGAUCACAGCGGAAGACGAGUCGAUUGCGUCCUUGAAAGAGCUUACCGAAUAUCUAGAACAUCAGACAGCAAUUCUCAACAAGCGCAUCGACGAGCUAGCUGCCACCGCGAAGGAUGCAGUCACUAGGAAGAACCGCGUUGCGGCACUCGCAGCACUCAAGUCGAAGAAACUCGCGGAGUCUUCACUAGCCACACGAUUCGCUACACUGAGCCAGCUGGAGGAGGUAGCAGCCAAGAUCGAGCAGGCCGCAGACAAUGUCCAACUUGUGAAGGUCAUGAGCUCCAGCACAGGAGUCCUGAAGAGCCUGAAUGCCAAGGUUGGCGGUGCAGAACGUGUCGAGGAGGUCGUGGACCACUUACGGGAGCAGAUGAGCCAGGCCGACGAGGUCGGCAGCAUUCUUGCGGAAUCCGGCCCAGCUGUUGAUGAAGGCGAGAUCGACGACGAGCUAGAGGCCAUGGAAAAGGAAGAGAAGGCAAAGGAGGAAGCCAUAGAGAGAGCGCGGGAGGAAGCCGAGCGCGCCAAGAGAGAGAUGGAGCAACAAAGAGAAGCGGAGGAGACGGCGAAAAAAUUGACAGAGUUGGAGGCUCUCAAGCCUAUCACGAACGAAUCACGGCCAGCCGAGGCAGCAGAAGAGAAGAACACAGAAUCGAAGGCAGCACAGCCCGUGGAGGAGUUGAGUAGAAUGUCGCUGGAGGAGAAGCCUCAGGCGCAAUUGGCAAGCUAA